AUGGUGUUGUAAUUGUUUUCACUGGAGGUGCUCUUUCCUUUAGUAACUGUGUUAAAAAGUCUUAUGUUCCACUUUGCAACACCGUGUCUGAAACUUAAUUGAAUGCAGUUUCUUUUUCUGGAGGCUUCAGAUGCAUCUGUCUUCGAGAAAUAACCAGCUGUAAUGUAAUAAAUCAUCAUUAGUCAAGAUGUCUUCAGCACCAGAGUCUCCCGGCUUUAAAAAGGAACCACCCAAAGAGAAAGACUUUAAAAACCCAGGGCUCAGAGGAGUCCGCACGACAACCUUAUUUCGGGCUGUGAAUCCAGAGCUGUUCAUUAAACCUAACAAACCUGUAAUGGCUUUUGGACUGAUAACCCUUUCCCUUUGCGUGGCUUAUAUUGGUUAUCUACAUGCAUCCCAAGAGAAUACAAAGGAUCUCUACGAAGCUAUUGAUAGUGAGGGACACAGUUAUAUGAGGAGGAAAACAUCUAAAUGGGAUUAACAGUGCUGGAUGCUGCAGACGGAGCUUUGCUAAAGGCUCUGAAAUCUUCUAAUGGAAGACUUUGUGAGUGCACAGUAUCAUGCUCCUUGUUCUAGAAUGUGUUAAUGAGGAAGGAAGGUAGCAGUUGUGAACCGGCCACUAGACUACAUCUCAUCCUGCAGCCCUUACCCCAUUGUUUGUUCACAGCAAGAGCUUCUCAAUAUUUUUCUUUCAUGAAGUCCUUGUAUGAAAGUGCCAUUAAGAAUGGAAGUUGUUUUUGUGAAUUAACUUCUAUAUAAUAAAAAUAUAGUGCCGGUGCUGUUAAA